AUGGCCAGUUUGGAGAGCAGCAGCCCUGGACUUCAGAGUAUCCAGGCCUUACACUGUCCACCCUGUGGGCGCAUCCACUGCUCACCCCGCAGAGCCCUGAAGCUCCAGUGUAAAGGUGGUGUCACCACAGGCGUAUGUGGCUGCUGCCCCACAUGUGCCAAACUAGCUGGUGAGAGCUGUGGAGGGACAUGGGAUUACCUGGGCAAGUGUGAUGAAGGACUGGUGUGCAUGUACCAGGACACCAGUGACAGCAAACCAGAGGGAGAACACACAGGUAUCUGCAAGUCAGUACUCGAAGUCCUCGAAAAGGACACAUGUCGACCAGACUGCACAUGGGAAUUCUGUCAGGCGCACCCCAAUGAAAUAUGCUCAGCCAGGUCUGUGUCUCUGGAGAAGCGUGAGUGCGGAGGUUUCUGUCAGCACACCACUUGUUCCAGCUGUUUGGUUCUGAGGCGUCCGACGUGUCAUCAGGCCUGCGCUCAAACAGACCACGUCUGCCUUCAUCGCUUCGGGAGGUGUGUGCACGGCUACCUGGAAGCACAGAAACCUGCAGUCUGCCACCAGAAUCUACAGAACAACAACGAGGGAUACUUUGUGUGUUUGGCCCCUGCCUGCCCACACACAGCAAACUGACACAUCUGCGGAGGAACUGCUCCAAAAGGAUCCAAGCUAAAAUGUAGCACAUUUAAAGCAGCUAUUUUUGAAAUGUUGUAACCUUUUAAUACUUGUUCUAAAAACAUUGCAGUUAAAGAGAAUUGUUCUCUACAGUUGAAUUUUUUCAAAGUUUUCAAAUUAAAUGGAUUUCUACAUAAA